GCUAAUGUCAAUGACGUUGAUCGUACACUGGGUACACUGUAUCGCCUGGGUGGACAGUAUAGUUACUUCAACAUUAAAUGGAUUAAAAUGCCGAGGAUUCAUGUAAAUAGAGACGUCGCUUCAGCGUAAUUAAUUAAUGCUUCUUAAAUAAGACAGGUCACCUCCGGAGCGGCUGGUGGCAGGCCUAUUUUCGAUUUUUAUCAGCAAUAUUUCAGGGAGAGAGGUGUCGUCCUCCUCACCACAGCAGCUGCAAACAAGUUUGUCACUUUUGUCCCUGCUGAACAAACGAUGAACUGAGGACCUCCUCAACCUCACACAUCUCUGCAACACCCGCUCUUCACUUCACUGCUCGUCGGUAAAGGAGUCGACCACGUUGCCUCACCACACCUGGGCUGAGAAAUGCGUGUGUGUGCGUAUCCGCAUGACUGUGUGUUAGUGUUUUUGGGCUGAAGUAAGAGGUACGCUGCAUUUCGUCUCUCACCCUCCGAGAGGCACUUCUCUACUUGACCGACUACGACGUUUGUCUCCGCGACUGCAAAGCAUCAUGGGUAGGAAAAAGAUUCAGAUCCAACGGAUCACUGACGAAAGGAAUAAACAGGUGACAUUCACAAAGCGAAAGUUUGGCCUGAUGAAAAAAGCCUAUGAGCUGAGUGUAUUGUGUGACUGCGAGAUUGCUCUGAUCAUCUUCAACCAUGCGAACAAGCUGUUCCAGUACGCCAGCACUGACAUGGACAAGGUCUUGCUCAAAUACACAGAGUACAAUGAGCCUCACGAGAGCCGGACCAACGCAGAUAUCAUUGAGACUUUGAGAAAGAAAGGCUUCAACGGUUGUGACAGUCCAGAGCCGGAUGGUGAAGACUCCAUUGACCAAAGUCCCCUAAAUGAUGACAAGUACCGUAAGACCACAGAGGACCUGGAUGUUCUCUUCAAACGCUACGGACAGUCGACAGCUCCGCCCCAGACGUUCUCCAUGCCAGUCACAGUCCAGGCAUCCAAUCAAAGCACACUGCAAUUCAGUAACCCUGGAAACGCACUGGUAACUACCUCCUAUGUCACAUCAUCGUCGCUCACGGAUACCCACCUCCUGUCACCACAGCAACCGGCUCUUCAGAGAAAUACGGUGUCUCCUGGGUUGCCACAGCGACCAGCCAGUGCAGGUGCUCUUCUCGGAGGCGACCUGAAUAAUUCAAAUGGAGGAUGCCCCAGUCCAGUCCCUAAUGGAUACACUAGUGCCAGGGCCUCCCCAGGCCUCCUCACCGUUUCCAACGGCAACAGUCUGGGGAAAGUAGUUCCGGCCAAGUCUCCACCCCCACCUCCCAGCCCCCAGAUGGUCAACAGCCGCAAGCCAGACCUCCGAGUCAUCACCUCACAGGGCGGAAAGAGCCUCAUGCAGAUGACAGAGGAUGAGCUGGAAUUGGUAAACGAGAAUGCCCAGCGGCUGGCAGCUGGAGCCCAGGUGGCACAAACCCUCACCACACCGGUGGUCUCUGUAGCCACACCGAGCCUCCUGGCACAGGGGCUGCCCUUCUCCGCCAUGCCAACAGCAUACAACACAGAGUACCAGCUGACCAGUGCAGACAUCACUGCUUUACAUGCACUGGCAUCACCUGGUGGCUUGUUGCCAACCAGUGUGUCCACAUGGCAACAGCAGCAGGCUGUUUCCCAGCAACCGCAGCAGCAGCAGCAGCAACAACAGCAGCAGCAACAGCAAACACAGCAGCAGCAGCAACAACAGCAACUUAAUCUUGCAUCACUCAGCAACUUGGUCAUGUGGGGCGUGGACAAACAGAGCAGCGAGCUGUCUAGCCAGGUGUCCAGUCUGGCUGCAAAUCUGAGUGUUGGCUCUCCGUCCAACCUGCUCUUGGGUAGAGAUGAGUGGUUGGGCCGGCCGGUGACCCAUAUACCUCAAGGCGCCAUGCUGACCGUUAACACAAAUUCUAGUGUGAGCAUCAAGUCAGAGCCCGUCUCGCCCGGCCGGGAUCGCAGCACCCCUUGCCCUCCUCCUUCCUCCACCACGCCGUCCUCGACCUCAGGGGGAGCCAUCUUGACCGCUCCGCCACAGUACCCCGGCUCCCUGCUGUGCCUGGAGCCCCCGACUGGCCGCUCGCCUGCAGACAGCGUGAGCAGCAACGCCAGCUCCUUCGAAGGCAGCGAUCGCGAUGACACCGGUGCAGCCGGUGGAGGCAGCGGUGGCAGUGGAGGCGCAGGUGGUGGAGGUGCAGGUGGAGGCGGCGGCAGUGGCAGCAACAGCACGGCCGGCACAACAGGUCCCACCAGCCGGUCCGUGCCGCCCGACUUUAGCCCAUCGGCCGAACUCCUCAGGGCGUCAAACGAGCCAGAGCAGGAGGGAGGAAACAUUAAGCGCAUGAGAUUGGACACCUGGGUCACAUAGAGGCACCAGCACCACCUCCCUGCACACACCCCCGCGCCCCCCCUGCCCCUGUGAAAUUAUGGUGACACUUAAACACCCACAACACACACCCUCCCCACUCAUCUUUAACCCCCCACUGCCCCAACCCCACUGCCAUGUGACACUAUCAUCACACAUCUGCCUCUUUCCAAAAUUAUACAACUCAGCUGCUGGCACCCAGACUUAUGAGGCUUUGCCAAAAAAAAACCCAUAAAAAAAUAAAAAUAAAAAUAAAAAUCUUUGUGGGGAUCAUGCUCUGAGUAAGGGGUGGAUGGCUUAAUGCUCAGCUGGAUAUUUAGGCCCCUUGAAUAGAGGGACAGUAGAUUUUUAAAGCCUUCUUGCUUGAAUGGACUCCCGUAUAGUAAUUUCUUUUAGUAGAAAUAAGAUGUUCUUUUUGCAAUCUGACGAAACCAUAAAAACAUUUCUCUUUCACAUGGUUUCUGCAUCACCUUGUAUUUACACUGAGCUCUGCUACAUUGUUCACAAUGUGAUUUGUGGCUUGUCAACAUUAUGGGCCUUCUGCCGUAUGACUUGCCACUUCCUGUUCUUUGAAAUCCAUUUGGAUUGUGUGUGUUGUCCAUUCUUCCAUGAGUAACUUCCAAACUGCACUAUUGGAAAUAACUUUAUCUGGACACGUUUGAGGACUGAGCAUCUAUCUGGCACUGAGCAAACAGACUCAAACAGGGUUUUCUAGGUAAGGAUACUUCACUGUAAAUGGAUUUUUUCGCUGCCAGAGUUAUCGACCUCGCACACCAAGGCAGGCCCAAGCCCUCAGGUGGCACUCUGCGGCUGUGGAGUGGAGCACCUUGCCAGAGUGCCAAUAUCAACCUCUCUUUAGGGAAAAAAAAAAUGCCAAAUGCCUCUCGCACAAGGUGGUGCAGGGACACUGACGAAUUAUCACUCACGGAAAACGACGAGAACUAGAAAACUGUCGAUGCUUUUCAGGCUUUGAGUUUGUUGUCACACUCUCUCCUCAGACUGGGUGCUCCUCCCGUCCUCUCACCUCAUCUCUAGUGGAACUUGGAUGGAAAUUGUCGCAGCAGAAAUCCAGCCAGUCACUCAGCGUAUAACCAGAAGUAGAUGCCAUCCAGUUAAAAGCAUAGUAUGAGUUUUUUGAGCCUCUGGUGGCUUUUUUGGGGUAGGGAAGUAUUUGGUUCUUUCAGUCCAAGUGUUCUCUAUCUGUUGGUAUUUUAAAAAAAUCUGUUUUGAAGGUCCGUUAGUCGUCCAGAAGUAGGAAUUCUGACUUUGUAUAAAACUCACUCCUUAUACAAAAGCUUUGAUGUCCUCUUUAGCUCUCUCUAGCUCUCCUUAGCUCUUUGCUGUGUUUCAAAAAGUGAAAGGAAAAAGACAUUUUCUAUAUUUCUACCGCUUCAGUUGGCGACAAAGUACAAUAGCUUUUCAGCUUCAACAAUGUGUAUGUACAUAUGAAUAUAUUUGCAUAGACUUUGCUAGGUAUCCCUAAAAACAAGCAAUGUGUUGAUUCUCAGUGGAUCUGUUUGCAUAUAUGAGUGUGAAUUUGAUAUGUUUCGAGCUACGGUGCAGGGGUUACGCCACACUAGGUAGUGCUGGUGGAUCGGACUUGUUUCAGUAAACCUAUUUUAUGCUAGUGUUGAUGGUGUGUGCACUUUCUGUCUUCUCACUCACAGAGGCCUGGCUUGGUUGUGGUGUCAUCAUAUUCUCCUACCACAUAUUUUUAAAACCCACGAUCUAAGUAAAAUUGUCCACCUUAAUAACACAAAGUCAUUAUUAGGACACUGCCAUUCACACAUAGUGUACUUAAGAGACAAUACACAUAUUUUACGCAUAUUUUGAUCAACCAUGUAAAAUCUUUUCCACAUUUAAGAGACACAGAUUAUGCCUUUUUUUGUUUUGAAAUUAAGUCAAGAAAUUGGCUACCAAGUGCUGUGUUUGUUGUUUAAUUGUAUAUUUUCUAGUACAACCAUUUCAAGUUUGUGUAUGAGUGUGUGUACACAGGUUGUUUAUGCCUACAAGCAGGACGUCGCUCCUGAUUGCUUGACUUUUUUUCCCUUCCUCCAGUUGAUGCUGUAAGUGCAGACUGGUGUUUCAGCUGCUGUUUGUUGACUGUUGAUUAUCUACUUAAGCAAUCCUACACUUUUAAGUCAGCGUGGGCGAGGCGGCUGCUUUAUGAAGUGAUGCUGUUUGGUGCGAUUAGUUGCAGCCCACAGCGCAGUGUGCAAAAGCAGUGCUUGACACAGACACUGUGGGUUUGUGGCGAGUGCCGGGGAAAAAAACAAAAAAACAAAAAACAUCACAGUGCUCUAUGACCUUUUCACGAAGGUGAACACAUGUCUAACGCCAGUAUUGUUGAUGUUUUCCAUGAUCAGGUCAUUUUUCCGUCCUUCAUUCCGCAGCAUGGCGGGUAGCUUUUUAUUCUGCUGAUUUCAGGUUAUUAGUGUUUUCUUUUUUCAAUCAGCACUGGAAAACAAUUUAACCAACACUUUCAAUAAACUUAUGUUGGAGAAACUUUGAAGCUACAGCCAGCAGCUGGUUAACUUAGGAAAUGAUAGGAUCAGCCUUUAUUGUAAUACAUAAUAUAAAGGCCUAUAUCAUUACAUGUUGUAAACUCUUGGCCAAAUGGCUGUAAGGCCAUUUACAGGCCAGGAAGUUAGUUGGAAUAAAAUCCAAUAUUAACUCUCAACUUGUAAUCAAUUAAGCUAAUUUAAAAGUAGCUAUACAUAAGUUUGUUUGUUCUGACUUCAUAACACUGCAAAAGUAGCAAAUUUAGGCUAAUUAAGUGAUAUGGUAACAAGGUUAACAGUGGGGUUUACUUUUACAUUUCAAUUUUUGUGCAAAUCAUACAAGCAAUAUAACAUGAUAAUUAUGAGCUUUAGAGGAUCUGGUAGGCACAUUUUGUUACCAUCAGACAAAGCCAGACUAACUGUUUCUCCCUGUCUCCUGUCUUUAUGCUAAGCUAAGCUAACCAGAUGCUGGCUGUAGCUUCAUAUUUAAUGGGCGGAUAGUAUCAAAUCUUUGUGAAUGAGCAUAUAUCCCAAAAUGUCAGACAACUCCUUUAAAGAUUCAACAGGUGCCCUCGGACAGCUAACAAUCUCCUCUUUUACCACACAGUCAUUUCCAUUUUUACAAAAAUUAAUUUCCAUAGAAAUUCUUUUUGUUUGUGGGCGCUGAUGGUUGACUGAAAUGUGACACCACAUCGAUUGGCUUUGGCAUCCUGCCUCUCACAGGUUUGUUCAUGUACAAAAAGGUUCUCUGUCCAAUCUAGCAGUGUAGUCACAAGACAAUCUAUAUGAGAAAUGAAAACCUGCACCCUGUUACUUGUUGUGUACAAUGUUUUUUAGAAUCUCACUAUUUUUGGAUUAAUUUGUGCUGGUGACAGUUCCAUUGUCUAUUAUUAUAAUGAUAUUAUUAUGGAGCUUUUAUUUUAUUGCGAUUUUGUGUAGGAUAGCCAACUGUUUUUAUUUUCUCUCUAUUACUUUACUUUCCUUAUCAUAAACAUAUAGUACUGGUUUCCUUUUUUGAAACAACUUGCUGAAAAUUGCACGAUCAGUUAUUGUGGUAUUAGCAAAUGCAAUGAAGGAAAUACCAGUUAAAUGCUGCAAUUUUAAUUAAGAUAUAGAAUAUAUUUAUAAAAACGGGAAACAACUGAAAUUAGUAAUUCAUGAAAUUUGAAAAAUGUAAAUGCAUGGGAUACAGGUAACAACUAAAGUUAUGUUACGUACAGUAAUGAUAAAGGACAUGCAUCACAAAUGAGUUUUAAAACAACUCAGAAUAAUGUAGCAUAUGAAAUACUAAAGAUGAAAUUUAUAGCUAAUAUAUUGUGUUGAGCUAGUCUGCUUUGGGUUUUUGUUGUAAAGAAAAUAUUUCUUUUUGUUGUUUUUUGAGAAUGAUAUACAAUUUGUGUAUAUUUUCAUAUACAAAGUAUGCACUGAUAUGUUAUUGAAAUUCUAUACCGCUUUUACAAAAAAGUGUUUGUUGUACCAAAGUAUCCAAGUCCCUUGAAACCUUAUCCUUUUUGCGUAUGUUUUACCGUAUUUUAUAUAUUAAAUAGACAAAUUGAGUGAAAUAAA